AAGUUCAAAAAGGGUAAAAAUGUAAGUUUUUCUUUUCUAACGGUGCAUAUUAAAUUCCAUGCAAAUUCGGUUGAUCGUUGGUAUUAUUAGCGGUAGCUGUUUAUUUCAAACUUCCUUACAAACCGCUAAGAAUGGAAGAGAUAGUACUAACAAUGAGUGUUGCACAUAAUUUCUCUGCUCAAAUUUGUUGCAAUUUUGUCCACCAUAAAUCUCAAAUUCCGAGUUUUCAGCUCACCCCAUUUUCUCUACAACCGCAACUAUUAUCAUCUUCCCCUCUCCCAAAAACAUUCAUCAAAUUUUCUUCUUUUUUUUGCAUAACCACACAAAUUUUUAAUUAGCUGUCCUUUGGUUUGCCAAAGCAAAUUUUCAAAUACCACUACCAGCACAAAGGUGAGCCAAGAUAAGAAGAUUAUAUACAAGGUUUCGCAAAUUAAGCAUAUACAGAGGGUAGGGAGGUGUUAUAAGUCAGUUCCUCUCUUUUUAACAUAAAGAGAGGGACCAUAUGAAGAUUUGUAAUUCAUUGAUAUAAGCUCUUUGCUGGUCCUCUUCGAGUGCAUUGAUUCAGCGAUACAAAGAGGGUGCUAAAAAUGAGCUCAGUAUAUGGGGAGGAGGCAUCUCAAUGUGGAGCAUCUCAAUGUGGUGACGAUCAUGGAUCAGGUGCACAUGAAGAGAAAGAGAAGAUCUUUGUUGCAGUUAGAUUGAGGCCUUUGAAUGACAGGGAAAUUUCAAACAACGAUGUCUCGGAUUGGGAGUGCAUCAAUAACACCACAAUUCUGUAUAAAAAUACUCUAUCGGAACGUUCAUUGUUUCCAACUGCUUGUGUAUAUGACAGAGUAUUUGGGUAUGACUGCUCCACAAGGCAGGUGUAUGAGGAAGCCGCCAAAGGAGUUGCUCUUUCAGUUCUUGGUGGUAUUAAUUCAAGUAUUUUCGCAUAUGGGCAGACAAGUAGUGGAAAAACGUAUACUAUGUCUGGAAUCACCGAAUACACAUUAGCAGAUAUAUAUGAUCAUAUAACCAGGAAUGAUGACCGAGAAUUUACACUUAAAUUCUCUGCCAUGGAGAUAUACAAUGAAGUUGUUAGAGACCUUUUAACAUCGGAAGAUACUCCACUUAGACUCCUCGAUGAUCCAGAGAGAGGGACUGUAGUUGAAAAACUUACAGAGGUAACAUUGAAGGACUGGAACCAUCUAAAGGAACUGCUCUCAGUAUGUGAAGCUCAAAGGAAAAUAGGAGAAACUGCUCUCAACGAAGUGAGCUCAAGAUCUCACCAGAUUCUGCGUUUGACAGUUGAAAGUACCGCUAAGAAAAUUGUUGGCAUUCACAAUUCAAGCACUCUAACAGCUGCAGUGAAUUUUGUUGAUCUUGCAGGAAGUGAGCGUGCUUCUCAAACCUUAUCUGCAAAUGUCAGACUGAAAGAAGGCAGCCAUAUUAAUCGCAGUUUGCUGACCCUUGGAACAGUUAUUCGCAAAUUAAGCAAAAAAGGAAAUGGACAUGUUCCUUUCAGAGACUCAAAGCUGACACGCAUACUACAGAAUUCCUUGGGAGGCAAUGCCAGAACAGCCAUCAUUUGCACCAUGAGUCCUGCACAUAGCCAUGUUGAGCAAUCGAGGAACACUCUAUUGUUUGCAACAUGUGCCAAGAAUGUCAUUACUAAUGCAAAAGUUAACGUGGUAAUGUCAGAGAAGGCACUGGUGAAACAAUUACGAAAAGAACUAGCUAGACUGGAGGCUGAACUAAGGAAUUUAUCAGCACUUGCUGCCGCAGGUGGAUCUGCAGAGGCACUGAAAGAAAAGGAAGCUCUUAUAGAAAAGAUGAGCAGAGAAAUAAGGGAGUUAACCGAGCAGCGUGAUCUUGCUCAAUCUCGUGUUCACAAUUUGGCAAGUUCAGGUUCAUGGACUGAACUGAGUAGUGUUUCAUCUCCUGAUAAAGCCCAAUGGCUGGAUGACUAUGCACCAUCAGAAGUAUCAGAAUGUAUAUAUCCUUUUCGUCCUGAUGGUAUAUCCGAAGGCCUUAAUUCUAACAAGCUAGGUGAACAGAUUCCUGAACCUCCAGAAGAUCAGUAUCUCUGUGAUGACACCUCCCCGAGGCUGUUUAUCGAGAAGUAUUUCGGACCAGAUCCAUGUAAGGGAUGGGAAAACAUUGCUCAAAGAACUGUUCAGAAUUUAGAAGAUAACUGCAAGGAAGUUCAAUGCGUUGAAGUGGAUUCUAACGCGAAGAGUACAAGCUCUGAUAAAAAUUCAUCACCUCGAAAGGGAGAUCAGGAGUCAGGUUUCGUUGACAUCAAUCAUAAUGAUGAAGAACCAAAGCAGACUAGCAAUGAACAAUCUUCUUCUUCCGACACAGAUUCUUCUUCUGACUCAAAUAACUUACCAAGGAGGAGCAGAAGCGGUGAAGCAAUACUGAUUAACAUGCCAGUACUGAAAGAGUCUGAAGUAGCAAAGGAAAAUGGGGACAUAUCAAGUGAAUCUGAGGAAGAGUUAUCUAUUAAAAAGAUUGAUCUUGAGGAGAAGCCUGAGUUCUCUAUUAAAAAGAUUGAUCUUGAGGAGAAGCCUUCUCAGCCGGAGCUUUCUGCUAAUAGUGUUAAGGUAUUAACAAAAGAACCCAGCAACCAUUGUUUUACGAUCGAAGUGAAACUCAAAAUGUCAGGUGAAGAUAGUGAGAAGAUUUGUGCUGAGGAAAUCAAGAAGUCAGGUGAAGAUAGCGAAAAAAUUCCUGCUGAAGGUGAGGUUGCCAAAAUCGUGCCUGAGAAGCAAUCAGGGGAUAAUUUGGUCCAGGAUAAUGAGCCAACCUCCAAGGAUUUGAGUAACUUUAUUGGUGAUUCCUUGAAUUCAGAAAAUGAAUCAGAGCUAUCUCCUUCCAGGCAGUCAACAGAAUUUGAAAAACAAAGGCAAGAGAUAAUAGAACUAUGGGAUGCAUGCAAUGUGCCCCUGGUUCACAGAACAUAUUUUUUCCUACUCUUCAAAGGGGAUCCAACCGACGCAGUUUACAUGGAGGUGGAGCUUAGAAGGCUUUCCUACCUGAAAAAUGCAUUCUCUCUUGGAGCUAAAGUGGUGAAAGACGGUCAAAUUUUCUCACAAGCAGCAAGUUUAAGUGCUCUGAAUCGCGAGAAGGAGAUGCUGAGCAAGCUGCUUCUUAAGAAGUUUUCCUCAAAGGAGAGAGACAACUUAUAUGAGAAAUGGGGCAUCGGUCUAAAAACUAAAAGGAGAAGACUCCAACUUUGCCAUAAGUUAUGGAAAGAUACCAAAGACAUGGAUCACAUUAAGGAAAGUGCAGCACUCAUCUCAAAAUUAGUUGGAUUCGAAGCACAAAACGAAGUCCCAAAAGAGAUGUUUGAACUUAACUUCUCACCAGGGCCAAAAAAUCUCAGGUCUUUCAGCUGGAAACCAAGAAAAGCCUAAUGUGAUCUAAAGCAAAAGAUUAUUAAGGAUUAUUUGAGGCAUUGUAGUAGCUUCAAAAUGAAUUGACUCCCCUAAUUCAUGUAAAUGUUAGAAGUUUAACCUCCCCCUAGUAUCUAAAUAUACACAAAAGGUGUCCCAUACUUGCACUUAAUACACCUCUCCUACUCGUUGCACGAGUUUUAUCAAUGUACAUUAUGUAAAUUCAAUCCACAACCUCGAGAUCUCAAGUUCAGACAGUCAUCCUUGUAUUAUAUAGAUAUAAGUGGAAGAUAUAUUACAGCUUAUAUGUAUGUAAAAUAAGAGACUCAAAAUCAUUGGGACAGCAUAGGAAAAUUGUCUUCAAAAGGCAUCAUAUCUGCAGUUUUUUGUUCUGGUUGGAAUAUAAACCCACAUAACCUUCUUUUCCUUUUCUCCCUUAUUUGUUU